UCCGCCACCCCGGGUCUUGCUUGGCACAAGCGCGACCCAACCGUCUCCGCGGCCAGACAGACAGCGCCCCUUCCCUUCAUUGAAGGACCUGGCGUGACUCGGGCGCCUUAUAUACCAGCCCGGAUUUGUGGUCUUGUAGAUAGCUCCUUUACCUCCACCUUUUGCCUUCCCACCAAAGGUAUCUGUAUCUUACCUACGCAGUCUUACUUCCGGCCAGCCUCUCGCCAGGACAUUUCGCACCUGGAAGCUUUUUUGUUGCGCACCCUCGCUGUCCGACAUCUUGAGCCACUGCAACACAGAAUGCGAUUGAGCUGUCUUCUCCUCGCCUCGGCGCUCCUUGGCGACGCCGCCGUGAGCGCCGCCGUCGCACCGCCCUUCGCCGAGGUCGCAGCACAUCAACCCUACCAAGACUCGAAGCGCGACGCGCCAUCGUAUGAGGACCUCUGGAAGCGGAAAGGCGGCGGCGGAGGGGGCGGUCGCGGUGGUGGUGGCGGCGGCAGCAGCGGCGGCAGCAGCGGUAGCAGCAGCGGCAGCAGCAGUUCGGGCGGUGGGCGCGGCGGUAGCAGCGGUAGCAGCGGCUCAUCUUCGUCCGGGUCAUCCGGUUCGGGAGCAAGCGGCGGCCGGGGUUCAAGUAGCUCGAACGCGGGCGGCCGUACCACGACCGGCAGCGGUCCGGCCCCGGUGUAUGGUGGCGGACGAUACUACAGCGGUGGAGCGGCCGUGCCGUACACGGCCGGCAGCAGGUCGCCGUCCGGUCUGGUGCCUGCAUUCUUCAUCGGAAGCGCCCUUGCCUUCUGGCCUGGCGUGUGGUUGUAUGGCGCCCAGCUGUACCACUUCAACCACCCGUACAGUUUCUACAACGCAUCGAGCAAGCAGAACGAAACCAAGCCGGUGACGUGCGGCUGCGACCCCUACAACGAGUGCAGCUGCGACGAGAACGGCGACAACCAGUACAUGAAGGACCUGGUCGGCAACGGCAGCUACGCAGGACUCAACAAAUCGGUCAUCAACGUCGCCAACGUGAAUGGUACCAGCACUAUCUUGAUCAACGGCACGCUGCCCAACGGCACCACUGCCGCGGGCGGCAGUGAGAGCCCCAACGCUGCUGGUGACGGGCUCCACGGCCUCCUGCAGCAUGCCGGGUGGUGGCCCGUCGUUGCCACCGUUUGCGCCAUUGUCUUGACCGCCUGAGCUCGGGCGAUCCAGUUUGUGGGUUACGUUUCCAGGCUAUACUCCGCCAACAUUGGCGAACGUUCGCUGCUGGUUUUUGUUCUUUUGGGUCGGCUAUACCCCAUUUUGGUCACAACGGCGUUCAAGGAUCGGGCAUCAUCGAUGGGCACGAUAUUCUGCCCUUG